AUGCUUCUAUCAGACUUCAUAGAUGCCGUGAAGGACAACCCUUACUUUGGAGCUGGCUUUGGGCUGGUGGAGGUGGUCUCAGCCAUUGCUGUGGACAGGAAAUCAGCCCAAUUUGAGAUGAUCUUCUUCCGGAGGAACUACAUGAUCACCCUGGAGGUGCCCAGCCGGGACGAGCUACCACUGGCUGCUGAGCUGGGUCACCAAGCACGCUAAUCACACACAGCACCUGAGUGUGGAGACCUUCUACAUGGAGCAUGAGAGGGACGGGUCCACACGCAGUUUGACUUUCACCCCAAUCCUGGGAACCACAUCAUCUGGUGAGACCUGAAACGACUCAAUAUCAAUGUCUGUACUCUGAGUAUUCUGUUGGAGUUACCUUAGUGGGCUCUCAUAGUUCAUCUCUGUUGUUCUCUGAGCUGAUGUGAGGAAAUGAUGCUGAACCUAACCUGGUAGGCACUUUUGUUUCAGAUUGAGUUGGUAAACUGUGUGCUCACUGCUGACUGCCAUCGGUGUUUGAGUGUAGGUAUGGGAGGAAGUGGAUCAGAGUGGAGAGGACCAGAGAGAAACAGAUGGUGGAUCUUCACACAGGCACUCCCUGGGAGUCAGUCACCUUUACCGCCAUGGGGAGAAAUAGACACGUCUUAUUCAACAUCCUGCAAGAAGGUACACUAGAAUCUAGACUAGUAGACACAGUGACAGUGGCCCAGGAAAAUGUGCACACAACUUGAUAUGUGAUUGGCUGCUGCAAAUGAGGGAGAUGAUUAGCUGUCUUGUCUGUUUGGGUGUGAUGUAGCCAGGGAGUUGGCCCUGAAGCAGGAGGAGGGUCGGACGGUGAUGUACACGGCCCUGGGCUCCGAGUGGAGGCCUUUUGGGUUCCUGCGGCGACGGCAGCCCAUCAGCUCGGUUGUCCUGGAGCAGGGCUUGGCCGAUAGGAUCGUAGACGACGUGAAGGAGUUAAUCGGAAACCCUAAGUGGUACACAGACCGAGGUAAUUCCAAUUCAGUAAUUAAUGAUGAAUUAAUGGCUGUUUUGAAAUGGAAUUGACCCCAUCCCUGUUCCCCAUAUAAGCAAAUGAGUGUGGUCUUGUGUCAGUGUUAAUGUGGUUGUGUUUUAUGUUCUGCAUCCAGGGAUCCCUACAGGAGAGGUUAUCUGCUGUAUGGACCUCCAGGCUGUGGGAAAAGCAGCUUAUUGUGAGUAAACUGGGAAUAUGGCAGCCUCAACCUUUCUUUGGAGCUUUUUGUUAGUGGUGUUUACAUAAUCCCUUGAAGACAUUCCGUUUAAAGGGGUAGUUCACUCAAAAUAUUGAAGUUAAUAGGAUAGAUCACUCAAAACACAGAAUUACAUGAUUUUCCAGUACAUUUGGGUUAUUUUGCUGCUAAAUGAGAUAACGCUUGAGAGACAGAAGUGGAUGGAGAGAUAUAUAGACAGUACACAGUGUGACCUGCGUGCCUGCCUGCAUGUAUUUCAGUAUGGCCCUGGCCGGAGAGCUGGGCUACCACAUCUGCCUGAUGACCUUGAGCGACCGCAGCCUGUCUGACGACCGCCUCAAACAUCUGCGUGGCAUGGAGGACGUGGACGCCGCCUUCGUCAGCCGAGAGCUGCUGCCCACAAAGAGUACGUAUAUUGCACCUGCUUGUCCUGCUAUAUAUUGUAUACUGUACUGUAUAUAUCUUUGUUAAGAUUAUUUUGUUUAAUUUCUACUCCCAUCUUAAAAGAAGAGGUAUAGAGGUUUGUGUGCAAACAUAUGGUGGGUAGUAUUCAUGAAUUACUGGAAUUCACAGUUUCAAUUGCUGUUAAUCUAUGGCAAUCGCAAAGCCUCUGAUCCUGCAAAGACACUGUAAUCUGGCAUUUGCUCUACUUACUACAGGGAAGGUUAGAUCCAAGACCCUUCCUGCAGGUAGGUUGUGCUUUAGGACUGACUCAUUAUUGCAUUUCUCUGUCCCACAGGCCCUCUGGCCUACCAGGGCAUGGGCAGGCUGACCUUCAGUGGCCUCCUCAACGUUUCGGAUUGAGUGGCCUCGUCGGAGGCCAAAAUCAACUUAAUGACCGCCAACUUCAUAGACAGGUAUGGGCCACUUUGAGAUGUAACAGUACCUACAGUAUUUAGCUAAAUGUAUUGUUUGUAUUGGGAUCAAAUCCUCUGUGUAUCCUGACUACCAUCUCCCUUCCUCCCUGUAGGUUGGACCUAGCUCUGAUCAGGCCGGUUCGUGUGGACUUGAAGCAGUACGUGGGCCACUGCACACACUGGCAGCUCACCCAGAUGUUCCGACACCACAGAGGGGGAUCGAUUUGGCCGCACAGCCCGACAUCAGUGCCGCCCAGGUGCAGGGACACUUCAUGCUGUUCAAAAUGGACCCAACAGGCUCCAUAGACAAUGUGGCCAAGAUGAAGCAGUGA